CAUUUAAAAUCCCACCUCACAUGUAAAUCACUGCACAGGGAAACGUGGUUUAGAUGCAAUAAGCUGUUUUAUAUUCAGUUCGGAUGAUUAAGAAUUUAAAACAGUGACGUCAAAGUCAUUGCUUUUAAAUCUUUGCAUAUUUGAAUACGCCGUGAUCGUGCACGUGAAGCAGUGACAUGCACCCUCUGCGUUUUGUCCCAAAGCCUGGGUGAUUAAAAUGAAGGUUGGAUUAGGAUGAAGUUGAAGAGAAACACGUGUACACGAGAAAAAAACACACUGGCCUUGUAGUCUACUCCCGAGUCUUGGGAUGUAAAUUCGGGUCCCUCACCACUAGUGGAGCGUCGGGGGAACUGCAGGCACAACUGAAAUCCAGCUGUGGGGCUGUAAACUGAAAUCGACUCGUGUUGAAACGUGUGUCCUCGUUACAGAAAACUGCCUCGACGAGCAGCGGGACGUUUAUCCAAACCAAAGCUCUGAUGUGGAACAAUCCAUUAAAUGCUCAUUAGAAAGAAACAUUUAACGCAUGAAUAAUGCAUUCGCCCGGUGGCACAGCCAGACCGCUCGCAUCACGUCAUGCAACGGCGGCCAACUUUGUUGCCCACGUGAGCAGUGGGCUUCCCGCACCGCUCGCUCGUCGUACGUGUGACUGCGCACGCGCUCGUAUCAAUGCGCCACGCUUCAGUGGCGCUCCGGAGGGGAUAAGUGGGAGUGGGAGCGCGGAGCGGCGACACUAGUGAGGGAGCUUCGGUCGUAGUAAGUCGUCGCUAGGAACCAGGAGGCAUCACCGCCGAGGUCCGCUGCACCUGCUGCAACUUGCUGCCCCACGGCGCCAGCAUCCUCCAUGUCCAGCGGCUUAACGAUGGACCACACUCUCCUGCCUCGGUCUUUAUGGGCCGGUGACAGUAAAUUCCUCCAGCAUCCAGCCGACGUCUACUCCACGGUGACAGUUACGCGCAGCAUCGCCGCGGACACGUGCUUCGGUCCGUGCCUGCUCCAGAACACCUUCUACGACACCAUCGCCUUCAUCGCGCAGAAAUCGUGCGACAGGAGGGCGAAAGCCUACGUGUUCCGGGUGGACCCCGACGCCAUGCGUAAUUCUGAGCUGGUGCUGUCGUGGCUGCGGCUUGUGCAGGCUGCGCGCAAUGAAGAGGAGCAGAAUAUAGAGGCCUUCCUACAGGCGGGACAGCUGUACGUGCGGACCACCCGGGAAAUCCGGCAGGAGGAAGAGCUGCUCAUAUGGUACGACCACGAGCUGUCUCAUCUGCUGGGCUUCACGGACAUUACAAGAGGAACGGAUGACGAACUCAAAUGUGGCAGAUGUAACCAGGUCUUCAGGAACGAGUAUCCUUUCCUCGCCCACUGCCGAUUCCUGUGCACCCAAGUGAGAAGUGACGCCUGGAGCCGCGACGUUCACAGACACAAGCAUGUGGAAGUUAAGAGGCAAUACCGAGUGACCGAUUUUCACAACAUCGCCAGAGAUUUGGAGCACAAGAGGUCUGGCAACAACGAUGACGCAGAGAUUCCCCCCAAAAGACGGAAAUGCGAGGAAAGUGUUUAUCCCAAAGGGCGGAAAACGGUUCUUCUUGAAAAAACUAAUAUUUCAAAUGACGACAAUAUAACACAACUGAAUAAAGCCCACGACCAGACACCAGAAGACGCGUCGUCUUCUAUGAGCAAAUCAAAAACCGAUAAGAGCAAUUUGGACCAUUUGGGAUCUAAGAGUGAGGCUUUUUCGGAAGUAGCGGAACCCAAACGGACUUUUACGCACGGCGGAGAGACGAGUGCACGACCGGAACCCAGGGCGCCCUCCGGCAUGCACAAAAGCAUCAACAGCGCGUUUUCCCUCGUGCUGUCCCACGCGCCGGGUGAGCAAAAAAGCGCAUUCUGUAAGCCGAGCAGGAGAACUUCCUCGGACCCCCCCGCACACCUCGGCACCGCUGCCACAGCCCCCUCCAGCCGCCUAGAGGACAUAGCCGACGCGUUUGCCUCCAGGACUGUAAUGGGAUACAGCAAUCUGAUGGCGUCCAACAUCCUCAGCGGCGACCUACCGGCCAUAACGUCCCCGGUAGCGUUGAACAACGCUUUCCAUUACGCACCGGAGCACUGGUCCAGGAACAGCGGCGCUCAGCUGACGACCGCGUCCUCCCUCGCCGUCCUCCCGCCGACGUUCGCGUCGUUCGGCGUGUCGGUGCAGAACUGGUGCGCCAAAUGCAACCUGUCCUUCCGCAUGACCUCUGACCUCGUCUUCCACAUGCGCUCUCAUCACAAGAAGGAGUUCGCGGCGGAGUCCCACGUGAGGAGGAGGCGGGAGGAGAAACUCACCUGCCCGAUUUGCCACGAGUACUUCCGCGAACGCCACCACCUGUCCAGGCAUAUGACCUCCCAUAACUGAGACAAGAGGGAAAUAACCUAUUUUUUAUUCCAAAUAAUACUCGUAUUUAACAUGUUUUACCCCAGACGGACUUUUUGUAACUCUGAAUGUAGGUAAUAAAGAAAUAGGGCAAGACGGACGGACCCUGUCACACCCUGUCCACUAGAUGACGAUAGAGACACGUGCGAGCGCGUGUCACUGCGGCGUGUCUGUGCUCGACUGUAAGUGAGGUUGAGGGUGAUUGUUGUGCCUUUUGGACUGGAGCUCAGAAGAGACGAGAGACAGACGCAGCUCAUGAUUGUCAUUAUUAUCUCCACGUACCUAUCUUUGCUCUAGUUUGUAUAGAACAUAUUAAAUGAGUGUGUUUGCACAUUGGUUUUAAAACGGAUGAUUAUGACGAACGUGUCCAAUGUGUUGUUCUGCGUCGUCCAAGGGUGUCGGUUUGCUGUGUUCCAACAGGUGGCGCCUUCCACCAACCGUUCUGUUCAGCUGUACGCACACUCCUCUGCUUUGUAAUUAGACGGAAAUGAACGAUAAGUCGAAUUUAUAGAAAGAUCAAGUAGAGAUCUAGUUUCAUUCAUCUACGGUUCUGGAUCAAUUCCACACAAACCCAACCGCUGGUGAUUUGCUGUUUCUCCUCUACGUCCCGUGGGUCAGUCUGCGGACAGGUGGACAUAAAUAGCCGUCUGUGUUGCAGGUAAAUGGGGCGGAAGGAAGGCAGGAAGUUCAUGAGAAAGUCGAGCUCGACCCCGUUGAGUCUCUCUGCAACAUAGGCAGGAAUGGAAACCUGGAAACCCACCCAUGCUAUUGUUGCGCAGUGUGAAUGUGAGUAAAACCCUUUAUCCUG